GGAGGGACGCGGGGCCGGACUCCUCAAACGCCGGCAGUGACUGAAACGUAGCUACAGCUUUAAAGCAUUAGCUGCUGACUUCAUAUUGGUGCCCUCUACUCGCCGGUUCACCUGAAGCUUUUGGCCGUGUGACUCGGUAGACGGCUGGAGAAAAUGUCUAACGUCAACUGGAAGCCCUUUGUUUUCGGCGGGCUAGCUUCUGUGACGGCGGAAUGCGGGACAUUCCCAAUCGACCUAGCCAAGACGCGUCUUCAAGUUCAGGGCCAAGUGGGCGACAGCAAAUACCGAGAGAUCCGGUACAGAGGCAUGCUCCACGCUAUAGCACGGAUAGGAAGAGAGGAGGGGCCCCGGGCACUGUAUUCAGGAAUAGCUCCUGCCAUGCUACGCCAGGCCUCCUAUGGGACCAUAAAAAUUGGCACAUACCAGAGUUUUAAGCGACUGCUGGUUGACAGGCCGGAGGAUGAGACAUUGCUGACUAAUGUGGCGUGUGGUGUUCUCUCGGGUGUCAUCUCCUCCUCCAUCGCCAACCCUACUGAUGUGCUGAAGAUCCGCAUGCAGGCUCAGGGAAAUGUGAUCCAGGGCAGCAUGAUGGGGAACUUCAUCAACAUCUACCAACAGGAGGGGACAAGGGGUCUGUGGAAGGGUGUCUCUCUAACAGCUCAGCGGGCAGCCAUUGUGGUCGGGGUCGAGCUACCUGUCUAUGACAUCACCAAAAAGCAUCUGAUCCUGUCCGGUCACAUGGGGGACACCGUGUACACACACUUCCUGUCCAGCUUUGCGUGCGGCCUGGCAGGGGCUUUGGCUUCGAACCCAGUGGAUGUAGUCCGGACACGCAUGAUGAACCAGAGAGGAGGAGCUCUGUACCAGGGAACACUGGACUGUUUACUGCAGACGUGGCGCUCUGAGGGCUUCAUGGCGCUCUACAAGGGUUUCUUUCCCAACUGGCUGCGUCUGGGACCAUGGAACAUCAUUUUCUUCCUCACUUACGAGCAGCUGAAGAAGAUCGAUGUGUGAUUGGCAGAACGAUGAGAGUGAAGACGAGACAAGUAUGAGCGCACGCUCUGAGACGAGCUGAGAGGACCAAAACCAGGAAAGGCUGGAUGGGGAUGGUUUCUUUAUGGAACCACUGACAGGAAGUUCAUGUAGACCUAUGUUAGGGGCUGUAUGAGAAUUUGCCUGAUUCCUGUUUGGUCUCUUAAAGCCUGUGGCAAGUGUGGAAGGGACUGUGACACAAGCAUACACUCAUCUGAUGUUUUAAAGUCGUACAAAUGCUACUUUAGGCUUAACCACUCAUUUAAAUCUGACAUUGGCCCCUCAGAUCCAUAUUACCUGAUUUAUUGACCGAGAAAUUGGAGAGAAUGGUUGGAUGCAACAGCAGCCCCAAACACUUGUUUAUUUCAGUCAUAAGCUUGUUGUAAAAAUGGCUCUAAUAUCACGAGAAAAACACACAAGUGUUUUCAGUCUUCUACACUUAAAGUGGUCUCCAAAUUGAGUGCCUUAGUUUGUUAUACAGGCUGUUUACGCCUGAGAAUGUCGGAUAGCAACUGACAAUCGCACUGAUCAUUCCUUUUUGAAAAGAAAAAAAUCUGUGUGUGCAUGAGUCAACAAACUUGGCAAAGAUGUGGUGUUAUUCGUUUUUUCUGUAUUUCUAAAUUGAGAAGAAAGUGUGUGUGUGUGUGUGUGUGGGGAAAGGUGAACUGGUUUAUUAUUCCAACAGUCACCAUGGAGUAUUUACAGAGUAAAGAGCCAAGAAUACAUCAGUGUACUGUGAUAAAUAAGUUAUAUAAACAGCCUGAAGACCAGUGCGGGUGUGUGGACAGGACACUCAUCACAUGCCCUAAUGUGGCGAAACUACUGGUCCCUCCUGCCAGAAAGGGCAGGUAGUAAAUAUAACCUUGGGCAACCGUGGGACAUCGCAGUCCCUGGGUUCCUGUGUCAUCGAAGAAUCAGACACAUUAUGAAAGGCUAUGAAAGUAUUAUAUCUCACACCCCUCUAGGUUUAGAGCUGGGACAGAUUAGAAGUGCACCGGCUGACGAUGUUUAAUGCUUGAAGGCACUGACACCACUGCACAUGAUCCUCAGUUAACUCCAGGUAUAUUUUCCUAUACUGUAUUUGCACGCUGUAAUGCUUAUCUGUGAGCUUUCAUUGUAAAGAAUGAAUAUGUUGGCUGGCUGUUAUGUGUGAGCUGUCAUUGCUGCCAAAGUGUAAGCCAGUAUAAUGUUAUGUUUGAUGUUGAUGUAAAUGCUGCUAUAGCCCUGUAUAUUUGAAAUAAAAGAGA